AUGUCCCGGUCCUUCUAUGUCGACUCGCUUAUCAUCAAAGACACGGCGCGACCGGCGCCCGUGAACGAGCAUAGCGCGCCCGAUUUCCUCCUCCCGCUCGGCAUGCACUCCUCAGGGGUGAUGGGCGUUGCGGCGCCGGCGUGUCCCGCCCGGAAGAGCGGCACUUUCUGCGUCUGCCCGCUCUGCGUCACCUCGCACCUGCACCCCCCCAGAAGCGCCAUCCCGCUGCUGAAGCCCCAAUUCCCUGGCGCGGAACCGCAGUACUGUCACAGGCUCGGGCACCCGCAGAGCCCGGCGCUCACGCACCCGGGACACGCACCUGUCUGCACGCCCACUUACAGCGUCACAGACCCGAGGAGGUACCACUGCCUCUCCAUAGGCUCUUCGGAGAACAGUCACAUGCAAAACGGCAAGAGGAUGCGCACGGCGUUCACCAGCACGCAGCUCCUGGAGCUGGAGCGGGAGUUCUCCUCAAAUAUGUACCUGUCGCGACUGAGGAGGAUCGAGAUCGCGACAUACUUAAGCCUGUCGGAGAAGCAGGUCAAGAUCUGGUUCCAGAACCGCCGGGUCAAGCACAAGAAGGAAGGUAAAGGCGCGCAGAGGAACGCGCACAGCGGGUGCAAGUGCGCCAGCGGACACGCGUACUACCCCAGGUCCGAAGACGAGGAGUCUCUGUCUCCCGCAUCAGCAACGGAAGAGAAAGAGAUUUCUCCCAUCUGA